AUGGAGCCCUUCCAAGUACGCCUGAACUGCGUGGAUCAUUAUCAGGCAAAUCCAUCAGAAUUCGAUCCUCCUCUACCUUACCGUGACGGUAAUAAUGAGAAAGGCUACAUGCCUAAGGUUCCCGUCAUUAGGAUAUUCGGUACUACAGAAACUGGCCAAAAGAUAUGUGUCCAUGUCCAUGGCGCCUUUCCUUAUCUCUACGUUCAGUAUGACGGGGAUCUGAGCCCCGAUUCAGUGCGCUCUGCAGCAAGGAGUCUACACCUGUCCAUAGACCAUGCGCUUGCAGUCAGCUAUCGCCGCAAUGCACACGACAAGAAGACAGUUUUUGUUGCGCAUAUCACCUUAGUAAAGGGUGUCCCUUUCUACGGCUAUCAUGUCGGAUACCGAUUUUUUUUCAAGAUAUACUUACUGAAUCCCAUAUAUAUUACAAGGUUAGCGGAUCUGCUGCUUCAAGGAGCUGUUAUGAAACGCCCUAUUCAACCAUACGAGAGCCACCUACAGUAUGUCCCACAAUGGAUGUGCGAUUACAAUCUGUUUGGCUGCGCGUUCAUGAAGUGUGGCAAGGCCAAAUUCCGUUCUCCUAUACCGGAGUAUUUGGAUCUCCCUGAUCUGUCCCAUCGCUGGCAUGACCGAUCAAUUCCACCUGGCUGGAUCUUAGAUGAGAGUGUCCUACCCAAACAGAGCCAUUGUCCUCUGGAAGCCGACGUUUGCGUUCAAGAUAUUCUAAACAGGCUAGAAAUUAGCGAGCGUUCAAUUCACCAUGACUUUAGGGAGUUUUUAAAUCCCCUGACAUCGAAUGAAAAGCUUGUUCCAAGUAUGGCGGGAUUAUGGGAGGAUGAAAAGCGCCGGCGAAAGAAAAAACUUGGGCUUGAUGAUCCGGAUAGCAGCCCAUUCAGCACUGAAGAUCUCGUUUCAUUCUCAUCUGAUCCACGGAAGGCUUCGCAGGGUGAUUGGAUUCAUAAAGAUGAACUUCAGCUAUUGGUGCGUCAGAUCACUGCAGAGGAGAGGGAGCGAGAUAACAAUCGGGAUAUGACGCUGGAUGCGCAUUUACAAGAGAAUCCUUAUGCGAAGGAUGUCAAGACUGCUUUACAAAGCAUUGAAGAUUUCUUCACUGACGCUGAUGGUUUGACUAACUUACAACUUCCUUAUAAUUCCGGGAUUGAUUAUUCAGAAGAGCAAGCCGUUGAUUAUGUCGACGAAGAUGCUGUUCGAGCCACCGAAUCGAAUUCGGGUCUUUACUCCUCCGAUGAGGAUGGCAUGAUUGACAUAUUUUCUGAUGAUGAUUAUGACAAUAGUGAGAACGAGAUGGCGCAAGUUGACUUGGAGAAUGAUUUACAACAGGAUGAAAGAUCCAAUGCUAUCUCCAAGACCCAUGGGCCUCGGGUUUCCGCCCCGUCAGUUGAUGGUCUUGCUGGGAACAGUUCCGGACUAGAAGGACCUCGAAGUGAUGCUCUCGAGGCCAGGAAUGCAAUAAGUUUCAAAGCUCCCACUCAACAAAAUGUGCAAUCAGGUCGAUCGUCAGUCACUAGAUCAAAGUACGAGGAGAAUUUGGAUAAAUCUUCUCAGAGCCAGGAGAGUUCUAGCCUCGUUCAGUUUUGGACGGCGAAUGCGGACAGCAGUAACAAGAAGAUCCGCAUGCCGAGUCGUGCCACGGAACCAUCCUCUUCAGACGGACAGAGCAUUUCUUCCCAGAAAACGAUCCGCCUCAAAGCCCUUAGCCAAUAUGGCACACUAAACUUCCCAGUUGUGAAAGAUCCUAACGACCCCAUGACAAUUCUACGUUUUAGCCAGGAAGCGUCGGGUUCAAAAGAAUUGAUGGACGUGGUAGCGAAGGAGGCCAGCAGUUCUGGGAAAAGUUCUAGCACUCUUCAGCCGCGUUCGUCCGACGAGAAGGAGCUUAGUAGUUCGUCAGAUAACAUCGCAACUGACUUUGCAGGACUUAUAUCUGAUGCUUUUAACAUACCACCAAGCACCCGCUUGUGCUGCUUUCGGCGGGCCUGUCCAAGCCCCAAGGAGGUUUCCUCUACAAUAAACGCCUACGGCCUUUCAGAUAUCAUCUAUCAAAAUGCACACUACAGUAUAGAUGCUGACGUUCCGGAUCGCCCUCGUGACUACGCAGGAAAGGAGUUUCAGCUGGGCGGUAUCGGCAUACGCUACCUCCCCGAUUUUGAUCCUUCUGGUCGUUUACCUGCAAUGCUAGCGGAGGAGAAUAUAGGCCAAAAAGAGAAACGUGACUGGCAAGAACUGGACCAUCAAUUGCGGGUUGGGUCCACGGCCAGAUUCUGGGAGUUUACUCCUGUCCCUCCGAGCCGCUCAGAGGUCAUCACAUGGUAUAACGGCGAACAGCAGAAAUCUUUGGCAGCAACAACGAAAACAGAAGAGCAAUACGAGGAGAAAGAGUAUCGAGGAAAGGUACUUUCUCAGAUUGAGGGUCCUACACAAAAGAAUGAACAUGGCUUCAAAUACUCACAACAUAAAAAGUCCACAAGUGUCGAGCAUCAGACUCAGUAUAUGAGCACUAUGAGCUUGGAGGUUCAUGUGAAUACCCGCGGUGUGCUAUUGCCAAAUCCAGAGGAAGAUGAAAUAGCCGCGUUCUUUUGGUGUGUUAACUCCGAAGAUGAACCUCAGGAGGAAGAUGAUUCUUUAUCAGUUGUCAAUAUGGGGGUCGUAUUCCAAGGAGAAGAAGAGUACCCGGAGUCGAAAAUCUCAAAGGCGCUGAGGUUUGAGUGCGAGCAUGAAUCGACAGAAUUAGACCUGAUCAACCGUCUAGUCGAUAUCGUUCGACUCCACGACCCUGAUAUUAUAACCGGAUACGAAGUGCAUAAUAGUUCUUGGGGCUUCAUCAUCGAGAGAGCCAGGAAGAAGUACGACUUCGAUCUAUGUGACGAGUUAUCGCGAGUGAAAUCGCACGCUCAUGGACGAUUUGGCAAAGAAGCUGAUAAAUGGGGCUUCGACCACACAUCAUCCAUUCGAAUUACUGGGCGGCACAUAAUCAACAUAUGGCGCGCCAUGAGAAGUGAGAUGAAUUUGCUCCAGUAUACCAUGGAAAACGUUGUCUUCCAUCUCCUGCACCGGCGAAUACCACAUUAUUCGUUCCGCGACCUCACGGCAUGGUACCAAAGUGAUAAACCGCGAGACUUCAUGAAAGUCAUUAACUACUAUACGUCACGCGUCCAAAUGAACAUCGAGAUUCUAAAUGCGAACGAAUUAAUACCAAGGACCAGUGAACAGGCAAGGCUGCUUGGCAUUGAUUUUUACUCUGUGUUCUCUCGAGGCUCUCAGUUUAAGGUUGAGUCUCUGAUGUUUCGAAUUGCAAAGCCGGAGAACUUUAUACUCGUUUCGCCAAGCAGAAAGCAGGUUGGUCAACAGAAUGCCCUGGAGUGCCUUCCCUUGGUUAUGGAACCCCAGAGUGAUUUCUACACCAGUCCUCUUAUUGUGCUGGAUUUCCAAUCUUUAUACCCUAGCAUCAUGAUCGCCUACAACUAUUGUUAUUCUACCUUUCUUGGGAGAGUCCAGUCAUGGAGGGGACGCAAUAAAAUGGGUUUCUUGGACUAUAACCGGCCGCCUAGGCUGCUUGAGCUACUCAAAGAUCAUAUCAACAUUGCGCCUAACGGCAUGAUCUACGCACGAUCCGAAGUGCGAAAGUCGCUCCUUGCGAAAAUGCUUACGGAGAUAUUGGAGACCCGCGUAAUGGUAAAGACUGGAAUGAAAGUUGACAAAGAUGACCGAGCAUUGCAGCGCUUGCUCAACAACCGACAGCUUGCACUGAAACUAAUCGCGAAUGUGACUUACGGAUAUACCUCGGCCUCUUUUUCUGGGAGAAUGCCUUGCUCUGAAAUCGCCGACAGCAUCGUUCAAUCGGGCCGGGAAACUUUGGAAAAAGCGAUCGCCUUCAUUCAUUCGGUUGAGCGAUGGGGUGCUGAAGUGGUUUACGGAGACACGGACAGUUUGUUCGUCUAUCUCAAAGGACGGACUCGAGACCAGGCCUUUGACAUUGGCGAGGAAAUCGCUCAAGCUGUUACCAACAUGAACCCCCAUCCGGUAAAGCUCAAAUUCGAAAAAGUAUAUCACCCAUGUGUGCUGCUCGCAAAGAAACGAUACGUCGGUUUUAAGUACGAACACAGAAACCAGAAGGAACCCGAAUUCGACGCGAAGGGCAUUGAAACAGUCCGUCGCGAUGGUACCCCUGCUGAGCAGAAGAUUGAAGAGAAAGCCCUCAAGCUGCUCUUCAGAACAGCAGAUCUGAGCCAAGUGAAGAGCUAUUUUCAGAGCCAAUGCACGAAGAUCAUGCAAGGACGGGUGUCCGUUCAAGACUUCUGCUUUGCUCGAGCAGUAAAGCUCGGAACAUACAGCGAGAACGGAACGCUCCCCGCCGGAGCUCUCAUUAGCACAAAGAAGAUGCUAGAGGACCCUCGCGCAGAACCCCAGUAUGGAGAGCGCGUCCCUUAUGUCGUUGUCACAGGUGCGCCAGGGUCACGAUUGAUCGACCGCUGUGUACCCCCCGAAACCCUUCUCCAGGAUGCGCAACUUGACCUUGACGCCGAGUACUAUAUCACUAAAAACAUCAUUCCUCCUCUAGAGCGUAUCUUCAACCUAGUCGGAGCUAAUGUGCGUCAGUGGUAUGACGAGAUGCCGAAAGUUCAUCGCAUUCGCCGUGUAGAAGGGACAUCUUCUCUGGCUGGUGGAAAAAGCAGCAUCCGGACCCUCGAAUCAUACAUGAAAGCUUCAUCCUGCGUCGUAUGUAAGGCAAAGCUCUAUGAUGCCGAAAUCCCUGUCUGCUCGGAUUGCGUACGGCAGCCCCAUGUCUCCUUGCUUGAGCUUGUCUCCCGCCAGCGUCAUGCCGAGCAGAGAGUUGCUACUCUCGAGCGUAUCUGCCGGUCCUGCAUGGAUGUACCGUUUGGUGAUGAAGUGAAAUGCGACAGCCUUGACUGCCCAGUUUUCUAUGCAAGAACGAGAGGUCUUGCCCAUUGGAGACAUACAAAUUCCGUGCUCGGCCCUGUUAUUAAACUUUUACAGGACAAUUGCAGCGAUAGCCUGGAAUGGUAG